UUUUGUCUCCACCGUUGUACCUGGGAUGAAAACGGGAACAUACUGUCGACCCAGCUGACAUGCAUAAAUGUGAAAAUUUAAUUUUCAUUCAGCAGUACAAGCAAGUGCUAUGGACAGUUCUCGUCUGCCCAACGUUGACAGUUUGACAGUUAAAUAUUUUGAACAUCGAACCUAUCGAACUGAAGAUUUCAAAUCUUUUAUUUUAGUGUGAAUGUACGAAAAAUUUGAAUAUUUUGAACGAUGGAAAAUCUUGAACAACAAUGCGAGGACGCCGUCUUUGAAUUAUGUGAUGCCAGGGAACAAUUUCCAUCACUUUGUGCCAAUGAACUUACGAAAUGUAUUCAAAUUAAGAAUGAUAUAAACAUGUCGAAGGUGUCAGGAAAGCCAUCUGUGAUAGACAAGUCAUCCACUUCAGAAAAAGGGGAACGUUUGGAUUUAAAUGUUAACCAAGAAGAAAUAUGCUUCGACCAUUUGGACUCUAGGUUACAGAACGUUAUAAGCACGUUGAAUAAUUUGAAAGCUGUCGUGGAUCAAACUGAACGAGAAAAGCAGUGCCCUAUAAAAAAAUUACUGCAAGACUAAA